AUGCGUCUCGGAUCAAUUGGCAAUAUCGCUGCCAUCCUGGCCUCAUUGGCCGUGGAGUUGGCCAGUGCAGUGCCUCAAUGUGCAACAAGCGAGCGUCUGCAAAGGCAAAGUGAGGGAGAGAGGCUGGUCUUCGCCCAUUUCAUGAUUGGUAUUGUGGGGUCAAGAGCCAGUGCUGCUGCAUAUGACGAUGACAUGAAGAGAGCCAAGGCGGCUGGCAUCGACGCCUUUGCGCUAAACAUCGGAACGGACGACUACUCCGAGACCCAACUCAACUAUGCCUACGAGUCUGCUGCCAAUAACGACAUGAAAGUCUUCAUUUCUUUCGACUUCAACUGGUACAACGUCACCGAAGGCACUCGUGUUGGCAACCUGGUUGCCACAUAUGCCUCCAAGUCAGCUCAGCUCAUCGUGGACAAUAAGGUCUUUGUGUCUUCAUUCGCGGGAGACGGAGUUGACAGCAGCGCCAUUCGCGAAGCCGCGGGCCGCGAGGUUUUCUGGGCACCCAACUUCCACCCUGGCGAGGCGGAUUUCAGCACAAUCGACGCGGCCCUCAACUGGAUGGGCUGGAACAAUGACGGAAACAACAAGGCGCCAAAGCCCGGUGCUACCGUCACAGUCGAGGACGGUGACAAGUCGUACGCCCAGGCUCUCGCAGGGAAGCCCUAUGUUGCCCCUGUUUCUCCUUGGUUCUUCACUCACUACGGUCCUGAAGUCGACUACAGCAAGAACUGGGUGUUCCAGGGCGAUACCCUGUGGUACGACCGCUGGCAACAGAUUCUUCAGCUUCAGCCUCGAUUCCUUGAGAUUGUUACCUGGAACGAUUAUGGAGAGUCUCACUACGUUGGCCGCCUUGACAGCCCCCAUGGUGAUGACGGCAACUCGAAGUGGGUUUACGGAUUCCCUCACAACGGCUGGCUCGACAUGGCCGUCCCUUUCAUCUCUGCGUAUCACGACGGUGCAUCAGACGCAACUCCGUACAUUAAGGAGAACCAGAUCGUCUACUGGUUCCGACCCACACGCAGCGACCUCGACUGUGACGCCACCGAUACGACAAUGGAGGACGCUAACAACAGCACCGGCAACUACUUCAAGGGCAGGCCUGAUGGCUGGGAGACCAUGGAGGACAAGGUCUUCAUCGUCACUCUGCUGACCGAGGCCGGAAGACUCGAAGUCACUGCUGGAGGAAAGACGGAGAGCUUCGAGGCUCCCAAGGGUCCAGCCAAGUUCUCUGUCGACAUGGCUGCCGGAGCCGUCACUUUCCGCCUAUACAAUGGCGACAAGGUGGUUCUCGAGGGCGAUGCUGGCAUGCAGAUCCUCGACCACUGCCCCUGCGGCAUCUACAACUUCAACCCCUAUGUCGGCACCAUCCCCGCGGGAGAACCUGAUGAGCUCCUUCCUGAGGCCUAUUCGUCUAUCAUGGCUGGCUUGAAGGUAAGCACCUGUGGACCAUAUGGCGCGGCGGCUACGGCAGCAACAUCAACUCUUGCGGCUGUGGAGGCCAAGAUUACUCUAAGAUCCAAGACAAUGGCUACAGAGCUCAGGAACAUCCCUACAACACGAACCGACCCAGAUGACCGGAAUUCCCACGAGGAGGAACUUGGGGAGAACGCAAUUCCCAUGCUUCCUCUCGUAGACAAGGGAACAGAAGCAUGGAAAUACUUAUUGGGCUCAUUUCUGAUCGAGGCCGUCCUUUGGGGCUUCCCUCUGUGCUUCGGUGUUUUCCAAAACCAUUACGCGAGCACUCCGAAGUUCGGAAAUGACCCGAAUAUCCCAGUUAUCGGGACGCUCGCAACAAGUCUUCAAUUCCUUGGCGCGCCCGUUGCCGCGCCCUUUGUCAAGCGGUUCGGCCGAUGGCGGCAGCACAUGGUUAUCUUCGGCUCAGCCAUAUGUGUCGUGUCUCUCGUCUUGGCGUCGUUUGUCAACACCGUUGUCGGUCUCAUCUGGACUCAGGGGGUUCUCUAUGGUGUUGGCUUCUUGAUACUCUACCUGCCUGUAGUAUCUAUGCUCAAUGAAUGGUUCGUUCACCGCAGAGGAUUUGCUUACGGAAUUCUCUAUGCUGGGGGCGGCAUCAACGGCGUCGGGCUUCCAUUUCUACUCGAAUGGCUCCUCACCAAAUGGGGUCACCCUUCCACUCUUCGCAUCAUGGCCGUGGCGCAGUUUGUGCUCGUUGCCCCCGUGCUGCCGUUCUUGAAGGGUCGGCUGCCUCAUUCGCAUCACUCUGUCUUGCAACCCAUAGAUCUGAAGUUCUUCAGGGCGCCGCUAUUCUGGGUCUUUGGCCUCUCUAAUCUGUGCCAGGGCUUGGCGUACUACAUACCAUCUCUUUACUUACCAUCCAUCGCAUCUGCUCUUGGCCUCUCCGGAACAGUCGGCGCGUUGAUUCUCGCAGCGAAUAAUCUUGCCUCUGCCGUCGGGCUCUUAAGCUUCGGCCAUCUUACAGACCGGUUCAAGAAUAUAUAUAUCUUGAUCUUUAUCUCGACGGCUGUCUCGGCUGUCGCCAGCUUUGGGCUCUGGGGCUAUUCACACUCCUUGGUCUCCCUCCUCAUGUUCUCCAUCAUCUAUGGGUGGUCAGCCGGUGCGUAUGCUGUCUUCUGGCCAAAGUUCGGAAGCAUAAUCUCGGAAGACCCUCAGCCAGUAUACAGCAUGAUGUCGUUUGGGAAGGGUAUUGGAAACAUCGUGACGGGUCCAAUCUCCGCGCUGCUUGUGACAAGGCCCGUGCAGCUCUCGGCAUACGGCCUGGGCAGGUUCGAGCCAGCCAUCAUCUUUGUUGGAUCUCUCAUGCUUUGCUCCUCGCUUGGUAUCAUUGGGUGGCCGUUGAAGCAAUAUCUUGUGCGCAGCCGAUGA